AUGUCACGAAAUUAUAAUAAUAAUAGAUCAUCAACAUCAAUUAUAAAUAAACCAUAUCAAUUAUUUUAUUAUUAUUUUCUACUGGAAAAAACUCCAACUUCAAAUUUAUCUGAUUUAAAUACUGAUACUAAUAUAAGAACUACUUUACAUAAAUUAAGACAUCAUAAUUGGUCAAAAGGUGAAAUUUUUCAUUAUACUUUAUUAACUUCAAUAUUAUUAUUUGUAUUUAUAAUAUUUCCUGCUUCAAUUUUAUAUAAAUUACCUAUAAUUAUUGCAUUUUCAUUUUUAUUUUUAAUACCUGCAACUUCACAAUUUUUUUUACCUGCAUUACCAAUUUUUACUUGGUUAGCUUUUUAUUUUACUUGUUCAAAAAUUCCUCAUAAUUGGAAACCUGCUAUAUCUGUUAAAUUUUUACCUGCAAUGGAAACUAUUUUAUAUGGUGAUAAUUUAUCAAAUGUUUUAGCAAGUAUAACUAAUCAAAUUUUAGAUAUUUGUGCUUGGUUACCUUAUGGUUUAUUUCAUUUUGGUGCUCCAUUUGUUGUUGCUGCUUUAAUAUUUUUAUUUGGUCCUCCAAAUUCUUUAAGAUCUUAUGGUUUUGCAUUUGGUUAUAUGAAUUUAUUUGGAGUUAUUAUUCAAAUGUUAUUUCCUGCUGCUCCUCCUUGGUACAAGAAUUUGUAUGGUUUGCAACCAGCUAAUUAUACAAUGCACGGUUCACCAGGUGGAUUAGGUAGAAUAGAUGAAUUAUUGGGGUUUGAUAUGUAUACUACUGGGUUUUCAAAUUCUCCAGUUAUAUUUGGUGCUUUCCCUUCAUUACAUUCUGGUUGUUGUAUAAUGGAAGUUUUAUUUAUGUGUUGGUUAUUUCCAAGAUUAAAACCUCUUUUUGUAUUUUAUGCUGGUUGGUUAUGGUGGAGUACUAUGUAUUUAACUCAUCAUUAUUUUAUUGAUUUAACUGGUGGAGCUGUUUUAUCUUUAUUAGUAUUUGAAUUUACAAAAUAUAAAUAUUUACCAAAAAUUAAAGGAUUUUGUCGUUGGUCAUAUACAGAAUUAAAUUAUUAUAAUAUAAAUUUUGAUGAAACAGCUAAUGAUUAUAAUAACAACAGUACUAAUGAUGAUAAUAGAUAUACUACACUUUAUCAACAACCACAUUAUCAAUUACAAGAUUCAUCAACUUUUAAUGAUAAUAAUACUUUUGAAAUGGGGAAUUUUUCAAGAUCUCGUCAACCUUCUAAAAGUUUUGUACCUUUAGUUUCAGAAAAUGAUGAUGAAGAUUCUGGAGCAGGAUCAGUAUUUGAUGAAGAAAAUUAUGUUGGAUCUUCCAAAAGUACAUCAUUAGAAGAUUUAGCAACACCAACUAAUAACAAUACAAAUAGUAGUAGCGAUAAAUCAAGAAUUGGGAUAUAA